CGGUUGCGUGGGACAGUUUUCUUUGUUGUUCGGCCAAAACCGGGGGAUAGAUUUAGAAGAGGUGUGCUUGGCUAGAGUAAAGCUUCAACUAGUCGCCUGCCCGGUUUCCAACCAAAGAAACCCAAGAUCUGAGCGCGAAGGCAAUGGCGCACGCUUAGCGUUGCUUCAGCAGCUGGUUCGCUGUCUCCGACCAUGGAGGUAUCAUUUUGAUACACCGAACCUUCUCCGCAAAAGUCCUCCAGUUGAGAUAAAGGGACAACCUGAGUAGUAUGCGAUCUUUCCAUUCAGAGAGGAGCCAGCCUGUCUGAAUUCUGUUCUCAUCAGGUCACUGCAAAGAAUCUGGUACAAGAGCUAAGAACCUUGGUGGCUUUAACUGACCCAGAGGAUGGGAUACUGGUUCAAACUCCAGAUGGCUUUAAACUCUCUGGACAGCUGGGAAACAUAAUUUUCUGCAGCAGGGCCAAAGCCAAGUUAAACCAAGUGCCAGAAAAUGGGAGAUGAAGGUGCAAGUGACGCUUUUGUGGGUAUAGUGGCUGGUGGGGACAAAGAUUAUGAGGGUGUCCUUCCCUCAGACACAGUUUCAUUGAGUGAUUCAGAUUCAGAUGACUUUGGGUUCACAGAUGAGGCAGAAGUAAAUACAAUGUCCCCUGAAAACCCCCUAGCCUUGAAUGAUAUCAGACGUGGAUCAGAUGAAAGUGGUGACCCUCUGCAUAGCACUUGUAGCCCACAUGUCCAGCCAUUUCACCUGAAAGGCAUGAGCUCAAGUUUCUCCCAGCGCAGCCAAAGUAUUUUUGAUUGUCUAGAAGGGGCAGCCAAACGUGCAGUGCCCUCACUGGCUGAAGACAAUGUUAUUGAUGGAAGGUUUAAGCGCCCCCUGCCUCCCCCCAGUCCUUCAAACAAGAUGCCUGCAGAAAAUGUUGGAAGACAAAGCAGGCAACCACCACCUUCUAAAAGCUCUCCUGCUGUUCCUGACUAUGUGGCACACCCAGAACGCUGGACAAAGUACAGUUUGGAUGAUGUUUCAGAGACUAGUGAUAAGGUGAACCGAUCAAUUGCCAUGGAGUUUCUGGAGGGCUUGAAGAAAAGUAGAGAAGAACAAAGUACAAGUUCUAAAAGCUACACCCCAUCUUUCAACCAGGAUCCCUCCAGCUCUGGAAUUGGAAGGAUUGUCUUUACCAAACCCUCAAAGACAGUUUUAGAUAGCUCAGAAAGGAAAAGAACAGCUAAGGAGGAAGAGGCCAGCCCUACUGAUACAAAGCAGGAGCUCAAAGGAAAGCCACAAAAAAAGUCUAGUAACCAGAAGGAAGAUGAAAAGGUUGGACUAGAUCACUUGGAUAGUGGAGUAAAAGAAGUAGAAGUUGAGAAGCCAUUGAAGUUGGAGGAGCUGGGUGUUCAAAAAGGAUCUAGCACAGAUUCUGCAUUGGCACAUGAAGAUACAACAGUGGGGUUUCAUGGCAGCAAGAAACGGAGCAGGAAACAUAUUCGAUCCAAAGCUGGUCUGGAUGAAGAGGAGGAAGAUUCCUAAAGAAGCUGGAGAAAUGAUAUGUGCAUAUGCAUGCCAGUGUUUUUGCAGAGAAGUUUCCUUGACAUUUUUCCUUUGCCAGGUUAGCAUAAGUUUGACAACUUGCUUGUUUUAUUUAAUAUUCUUCAAGAUAUGACUUAAAAUAUCCCUUCGACUCUAUUUACCUUUCCCCCCAAAUCCCUCGACGUAGAUUCUAGAAAAAAAUUGUUUGAGGUGUUCUAGAGAUGCUUAUAAAAGAAUCAGUGACAACAUAAA